UACAUUGGAGGUCAGGAAACCGGGAAGGGUCAUAUUUUGUACGUGACCGGUAACGGGAGGCAUGUAAACGGGGAGAAACCGGACACACAGAACCGGGAGAUCAUGUUGGAUCUGGAGUAUCUUCCCCCGAACAGAGGUGUGGUUUCUGGGGUCCUGAACGGAUUCACGGAGUCACUGGAGGAGCCGAGGACCGGUGAAGGAGAGGAAGGAGAGGAGGGCCAGGCUUCCUGUCUGGGGGAGAAACCGGGACGAAACCCCGGGAGAAGACGCGCAUGACAUCAGAAAUCAGCCUCAAUACACCGGGAAACACCUCGUCCAGGACAGCGGUUCUUCUACCGGUUCUUCCACCGGUUCUUCCUCCCCAAACAUGCAAAACGGGGGUGUUGAUAGCGGUCAUCCUGAUGCAGAAAUCUCUCACUUUAACCUGGGUUUUUGCAACGUGGACUGUGAGGAGGAGGAGGAGGAGAAGGUAGUUGCUUAUGGUGGUUUUUUGCACCACACAUGUGAUUUGCAGGAUGAAAACACUACUAAUAUUUGUAUUGAACUGGUGGCAGAGCAGGAAAACAGUGCAGGUUUGGGAGUUAGCAGCCAAAGUGAAUGCACCGGGACAUUAGGCUCUCUUUCCACAGGGGAGGAUGCACCAUCUGGGGCAGAACUUCCUCCAUCUUCCCCCUCUUUACCCCUGGAAGAGAGUGCACCAUCUGAGGCAGAACUUCCUCCACCUUCCCCCUUUUUACCCCUGGAAGAGAGUGCACCAUCUGAGGCAGAACUUCCUCCAUCUUCCCCCUCUUUAUCACAGGAGGAUUUCAGUGAGCUCAGUUUACCCGUCAGGCCGCAGAGUUUGAGGACUAACCCCAACAUGGUGGUUUCCCUCAGCUGUGAUGCAACACCUUUAUCUCCAGAUGAUGAAGAUGAGGAUGAAGGGGGGUUUUAUUUUGGAGACGAGGAGGACAUCCGGAGUGUUUUGGACUCGGGUCGCAGGCAGAGCGCCCCGGAUAAUCUGCCGAAUCUGGCCGAGCAGACGGAGAUCUCGGAAUCCAGGCUGAUGCCAAAGAGGUUCGGCAUAGCUGAGUUCUUCACCAGGAGCCUGUUUUCUAGGAAAGCCAAAGAGCCCAAGGCGGCGUCCCACAAUGCAACAGGGUGGCGUCUGUUUGGCAAACCACCAACCAGAGAGGAGGAUCCAACUUCAGACCCCGAAUCCACACCGUGCUCACAGGAGGAUGACCAGGAGUUUGGACCCUUCUUGUCCUCAGCUGGCCUCGGCUGCAGGACGGAGGAAGAACCUGGAGAACCUGCCCCCAAAUCUCUGGAGGAAACUCAGAGACACAAGAUGGAGUAUGAUGAGAUGGUGGCAGGAGCCAAGAGGAGAGAGAUGAAGGAGGCGCAGAGGAAGAAGCGUCAGAUGAAGGAGAGACACCGCCAGGAGGACAGCAUCUCCAACGCCAUGAUCGUCUGGAACACAGAGAUCCUGCCGCACUGGGACACCAUGAAGGCGACGAGGCGGGUGAGGGAUCUGUGGUGGCAGGGUCUUCCUCCCAGCGUCAGAGGAAGAGUGUGGAGCCUCGCCAUCGGCAACGAGCUCAACAUCACACCAGAGCUGUAUGAGAUCUUCCUGUCCAGAGCCAAAGAGAAGUGGAGGAGUUACAGCGAGACGAGCUCCGUCAACGACACUGAGAGCGACGGAGCCUCUCUGGCCGACAGAGAGUCCAGUCUGGACCUCAUCAAGCUGGACAUCUCCAGAACCUUCCCCUCCCUCUUCAUCUUCCAGAAGGGGGGUCCGUACCACGACCUCCUGCACAGCGCUGGGGCGUACACCUGCUACAGACCAGACAUCGGAUACGUGCAGGGAAUGUCCUUCAUCGCUGCUGUGCUGAUCCUGAACCUGGAGGAGGCCGAGGCGUUCAUCACCUUCGCCAACCUGCUCAACAAACCCUGCCAGAUGGCUUUCUUCAGAGUGGACCACGAGCUGAUGUUGAAGUAUUUCGCAGCCUUCGAGGUUUUCUUUGAGGAGAAUCUGCCUCGUCUCUUUAACCACUUCCAGAACAACAACCUGACCCCGGACCCUCUAUCUGAUCGACUG